AUGGACAGAGAAAAUGUUGAACGGAUCUUGAUGCUACUUCUCCUGGUCGGCCUGGGUGUGGCGGCGACCGUGGACCCUUUGACAGAUUUGGAAAAUAUUGCUGGGAAGUUGGUUUUCUAUCAGAUGGAAGGAAAUGCCACCUAUGUGAGGGACACAGGAGAACUGGCUUCAGAUGUUCCCACUGAGACCAUGUUUGAGCUCUUCGAUCCCCAGAAGAAUUUCAGUAAGGCAAAGUUCACCUAUACGUGGGACUUGGGGAACGGAGAGGUGAUUCAAGGGACUGAGCCGGUGGUCCGCUAUCAUUACUCAGAAUCAGGGAACUACACACUGCGGCUGAAAGUGGGAGUGAAUGUGACCAAAAGUGCACCUCUACUCACUGACUUCUACUCCAUGGACGUUCAAGUGCUCGAUGCUAUUAAACACAUCGAGCUGAAGGGCCCAGCAGAUUAUGAGGUGUCUCAGAACGUCAGUUUGGCUUUUCAUGUCGAUGGAAGUCCUCCCAUGUCGGUGUGCUGGCGUUUCCUGGCCAACUGUGUGCCGGACAUGACGGAGGGCUGCACACUGACCAUUUUGUAUGAAAACACGCUGCAACUGAAUCACACGUUCACCUCCGCCGGCAUCCACUGCCUGGACAUCAGCGUCCGCAAUGACAUCAGCAAGCUGCAGACCUCCUUCAGCCUCUAUGUCAAGAGAAAAACCAACACCCACAUGUUCUUCAUCCUGUCGUGUGCUGCCAUAAUAGUAGCAACCUUUUCCUUCAUCACAGUCAUCGCCUGCCACCCUCGUCAUCACAGCAGAUCCCAGGUGCAGAACUGA